AUGAUGCUCAUCGUCCAGCUGAUCGUCUGCUUCGGCCUCUUCUCUUCAACUAUGGCUGCCGGUUACCCGGACAAAUCGAUCAAGCUAGGCAUUGGAACGGGCUCAAGCUGUCCAGCUGACCAUGUGACGUUCGUCGCGUCCGCCAUCGAGUACAAGCAUCAGCAAAAACCCGACGACAAAUUAAUCUCCAUCUACUUGACAACGAUUAGUGGGACUUUGUCUUCUGAGCCGCUCCAAUUCUACUUGAAAAAGAGCGCCGACGAUCAACCGCUGAACAAGCCAAUCUGCAUCCACAUUCUCAACGCUACCACGCUGGCAUCGACAGACGACGCCAAGGAACGGUUGCAAUUCGGGAUCUCCACCGCAUACCCAACCUUUGACCCAAGCAAAGUGGCUUUCAAAGCGCCCGCCACCUUCACUGCCGACCCCUUCGAUAACGUCAUCAAUUUUGACCAGAAUAACGAAGAAUACGCGGUGAAGAUGACGAUCACGCAGAGCUGUCCGACGGGCACCUACGGAUAUCUGUGUCAAAAGAAGUGUGAGUGCAGCAACAAGGCGUGUGAUGUGAAGGGCGACGGCAAAUGCUCGGACUUAUCAGACUCGAAUCUCGUGCUCAUCCUCGCCGUCGUCAUCCCCAUCAUUCUGCUGCUCGUCAUUGGUGUCGUCGUCAUCAUCAUGAUCAAAACCGAGCCGAAGAUC